GCAAAAUCUCGCCGGUAUAUCCUCGUGUGUCCCUCUUCCCACCCAUAGCGAAAUCAUCUACACUAUCAACUUAUAGAUGUGAACCUGCGCGCGCAUUCACCCACACAAGACUACAAAAAGCACUGUUGUUUGCUGCUGUUCUGUUGCUGCUGCUGCUGUUCCCCGUCGUCAUAUACCGCAGGGGAACCGGUCAAUACUCCGUGUGGGCCAAGGCGACGCGCGACGGCGCACCGCGGGAGGAGAAAGAACGAGAUAGAGUCAGACAUCGAGGCCUGAAAGUACGGGAAAAUGCCGAGAGUUGAAUAAAGAUAAUGGCGGAUGUGCGGCAUAAUGGCGGAGGUAAGGGAACUGAAUGAUGCAGGGGAAAGAGAGAGAUUAAGAGAAAGAGAAACGGCCAAGUGGGGGAAGAGAUCGGCUACCUAAGCGAUGGUGGCGAAUGCGAGGCGCACGCAGGCUCACUUGGGAAGUUAGUAGUAGUUCUCUCGGCGCCCGAAUAUAAAGCGCAUCACAGUAAAAGCGCGUUCGUGGCUCCUCCGCGGGGAGUAGCACCGCGGCUACAGCCACAGCCCGACUUAGAUAUUGUUGAACACGAGUGAAUCGUGUUCUCACUGCGGACAUACCCAUUUGGUAAUUACAAUGAGUAAUUAUGAAUUUCAAGUGGAAAUAGCCGAUGUAUAUUGCACUGCGAAUUAAUAUAUAACUGCUGUUGAUUGUGUUUGAAGGUGCAAGCCGGUUUGUAUGUACUCUGCCAAGCGUUUAGAGGACAAGUGCCCAAAGCCAUGUGAAUGAACCACGAGACGUGAGUGAGACGACAGUGACACGAGUGGUCGUCGUUGUUGUCAUCAAAUAGAGAAAAACGAAAAGAAAAACAAGGGAAAGGCGGUGACGACGGCUUUUGUAGUGAGUGGAUCAACGAGGGCAACAAUAAUUGACAAGUGGUAGGAUUGAAAAACCAAGUGAAAUUCAGUGAAGUGAGUCGGCGAAAUUGUCACUCAGUUUUUUCAGGUUUUUCUUUUUGAUGAAGAGAGCCAAGUGAUGUACGUGCCUCAUUCCACAUGUAUCUGACAACGUUACGCACCAUGUGCGUCGUCUGACGGAAAGAUAGUGCUACGUCAACGUGGAUUUUUCAUUCAUUUCUACCGGGAAUCGAGGUAUCGCCAUGGAUUUCCGAGUUCUUUUAGCAGCAGUUAUUGCCGUGGGGGUGUCAUCAGUGGAGGUGCACUUUGAAAAUAAAGACGGUGGUUUCUUCUUGAAGCACACACCACGCCAGUACUAUCCGUCACGUCUAGACACGGCAAUCGGUUCAAUCCCAGCAAGUGGCAUAUCCAGUCCGCCAUCAUCAGCAGAGUCAAUCUUGUCAGUGGACAAAUUUACAGUAUUUCAGACGAGCGAGCCAGCCUCAGUUCGUGCUACCUACGGUCCCUUCAGUACAAAGCAAACAGUUCCAGCGCGUUACAUUGUUCCUGAUCCCCUCGAGGCACUACCAGGACCCGAAGUCAAGAGAAAUGUUACCUCAUCAAAUGCAGCACUGAUGGACGCUCAGGAGCUUGGUACUCGUCACCUGGAUAUGUCAGCGCAUCUAGUUGGCACAAGUGUAGCCCGUGAUUCUCCAAUUCUCCGAGUGCUGUUUCACGCUGGAAGCGAAGCAGGUGGUAGACGUCAAGUCCUACUGGCACGUCAUCAGCGGAUUUGCGUGUUGCUGCAUGCAAAUCUGCCGGGCAAGCCUCCGUUGUCGGCUGCAUGUAGUCCAGACGGUGAGGACGGUGUCUGUUUGGCGCAAAUAACGAUUCCAGCUGAUUGGUGGCCACCUCUGCCAGCACCAGACGCCUCAGGCCGGGUGAAAAUCACUAAAACACCACCCAGACUCCUUCAAGUGGCGUAUUCAGUUCUCGAACCGAGGACAAUCGCCGUUGCUGACGAGGGCUCUGAUACGUUGGGUGGUACCUCCAGGACUCAGGUGCCUAUUGACACAUCGUCUGGAGGCUGUCGUCCCCGGGUACAGAUUCAGCCUGUUACACCUCUCGGUAAAGUUCCACUAGUUCCCAAUCGCACAGAUUACAAGGAACUGAAGGCUGACGAGGCACUAACACUGCUGGUACCACAUGGGCCUCUUUACCCGAGAUCAAGACUUCAUGUGCCUGCCUUUCUCCAUCCCCAGAUUCCCCAAGAGUCGACGACAUCUAUCGGUGACCAAAAAGAGGUCACACUGGGGACACCUGUCAUCGCCGUUGUUAUUAGAGCCCGUGUCAAGUCGGGCGUAAGAAUUUUAGAGGCGACAUCAAGCAACCCAAACUGGAUUCUUACAUCAGACAUUAAUGCCAAGAAUACAGCUGCUACAUUCACAGUAAGAAGAAAGGAGAAUGCACCCCAGCCAUCAAAUACUACUGCAGAGGAGAUUAUGACUAUGCUCCUCGAGGCGAGUGAGGAAGGUGCCGGAAGCAGCAGCUGGGACGGCGGUAGAAUCAUGUGGAGUGUGCGAUACACAUUAGAAGGGGAUGAGGAUGAUGUUUCGAUGCAGACUAGAGUGGGACAAUCCUCUGAAACAGUGCAGUUUCAACGCCAACAGCAACAACAACAACAUCAUCAUCAUCACCAUCAUCAUCAUCAUCACGUUGAAAAGAGAAAGCUGCAAGCACGCUUGGAAAUUCAAAAGGAUGAUAUUCAGGCAGUUCUACCUAUUUCCAAGAACUGGGAAGUUAUGAAUACUGCUGUACUUACGGGUCGGCAAGUAUCUCAAGCGAUGAAAGUUUUCAUUGUCAGUCAGGCUGGCACUGUCGCUGAUGUCACACUCCAGUCAUCCUGUCACUCUGAAGAUGAGAGUGUCCUGAAAGUCUCGUCAUCGUGCAGCAGUGUUUAUGUAGAUGGAUCGGAAAUAAGAGGAUCGAGUAAUGCCUCGGUAAUCGUGAAAUAUGGGACAUACACUGGUUUAGCGAGAUUUACAGUAUGGAUGCCCGAGUUUCCAUUGGAAGUCACUGUUUCCGAUUCACGACUGAGCCAGAUCAAGGGAUGGAAAGUGCCCGAUGGCUAUCCAAUUCAGAAGAAUAAGAGGUCCCUAAAUCACACAGAAUCCUCAGACAUAAAACGCAGAAGUGUCACGGGAAUGGACGAAGAGGAGGAUGAAGAUGUUGACGACGUUGAUACUGAGAGAUUUCGCGUUGAAGACCACUGGGAUUCAGUCAAUUGGAUUGAUCGCAGCCCCCUUCAGGCCACCUGUAGGCUCCGCUUCCAGCAGAGCCCUGUGGAGGUUCACGCUAGAUUCCUAGCAGCGGGACACGAUUCCGGGCGGGAAUCCUAUUUUGUUAAUCGCCGUACAUGGCUCAGAGUUACUGAUCUCAUUGUUGGAUUACUCAGAGUGUCCGAUCCACGUAUCGCUACACUACUACAGGAUAGGAAUGUUCAGGGCAGGGGGGUAGGGCGCACUGAGGUACAAGUGCUGUCACCGAUAACUGGGAGGGUCAUCGGUGCCAAGGAAAUUCGAGUAGGCAAUGAUCGAGUGUCUAUAUCCCGUUUAUCCGUUAAAGUCGUCUCUGGAUUACAACUGAGCAUUAGCCCGGAUUCGGCUAUUGAAAAUGGAUACGUUGCGGAAACUUCUGUCACUAGGAGACUAACAGCACAGUAUCAAGAAGGACUUUUAGACAUUGACAUAGAGUUUUCCGAUGGCACGAAAACACCACUCCGUGAGAUAUCAGUCUCCGAUUACCACCUUGUUGUCGAGAGUCUCGAUCCCGAAGUUGUUGCAUUUGCUCCAAUGGUCGCGUCCCAUCAUCCCCGUGUCAUAGCAGUUGGGGAAGGACGGGGCGACUUGCUGCGUGUCACUCUGCAGUUGUCGGAUGCCUGCAGAAUGUCACAGACAGGUAACCGAAGAUCCAAAAGCGCAUCAAGGACAAACGGAGCCUCUCCGAAUCUAGCAACUGCCACCGCAAAUGUUGAAGUGGAUUUUGCAUCGAGUGACCUUCCCCAUCGACCGGAAUUCGUUCAAAACGAUGGUGGGGGUGCAAUUCAAGGCUCAUCCCAUCAUCAUAGAGAGAGAAAAACAGGACGCGAGGUCGCGCCAGAUUUGCAUGACAUUUUGAUUGGUGGAGUGGGUGGAGUUGGAAUACACCAACACUCUGAAAAGCCAGUGACACCGCUGGAAAUCGGAAUGUACGUACUCUUAGCGGCAUUCUGUUUCGCAAUAGUUGUAUUCGUGAUAUCCUGUGUGGUGUAUGCGAAUAAAUUCAAGCCCCAGCCAUCGGAUUCGCCGAUGCAGAGUCAUCCAGUAUUAGGUGCAGUGAGAGCGAGAGCAGUAGCAGCAAGCCAACAGUUAUCAUCGGGUCGUAGACCCCGAGAAUCCACCACCAAUGCACAUGACUGGGUAUGGCUGGGCAGAGCUACAUUGGAACGUGCUGCCUGUGCACCUCAACAGGUACGCGUUACGAAUAACCCACUGGCUGGUGAAAAUGAGGAUGAGACUGCUAUUGAACUGGGCACUAGUUUUGAUAAUCCAAAUCAUAUAGAAUUGCCAACGUCCACUCGUCCUCCUUCCUCGGUUCCGAUUGAUACUACAACGUAUUGCAAAAGAGAUAAACCAAGAAGCUUCUCAGGGAAUAAAGUUGGAAAAAACCAAGGAGAAAAAGCUGGUGAAGUUAUCCCUGCGUCGCCACGAAAUGGGAAUGAUAGUAUGAAAGAUACUCCCCCUCCUCUUCCACCACACGGAGUGCAAUCGUCAGCCCCAGAUAACCCCAACAACAACGAGGAUUACAAGCCGCCAGUGCCACCGCACCGAAACACAGGAGUUAAUGUACGUCUGUCAGAGACACCAAAGAAACAUCCCCACAGAGUAUCAGGUAGUCAUCAUCAAGGUAAUCAUCGUCACGUCAAGCACCACCAUCACCAUCACCACCAUGGUAAGAAUCACAGUAAAAGUAAUAAAACGGAUGAAGUGCCGAGUGAAGUUGACAACGACGAGGAAUUCGUUGAAUUGAGAAAUAAUGAAGAGAAGCCAAACAAAGAGGCAACAAAGUCAGCGAGAGAAGUCAAGAGAGCGACAAUAGUGGGUAAUCCAAUGUUCUCAUCAUCGAGUUCGUCAUCAUCCCAGGAGCCCGAGGAACCAGUACCCCUUGAGGAUCUUAACUUGGGAAUGGAUUAUAAUCAGAUUAUGCAGUAUUUCGAUAAUCUGAAGGAAUCAAAUGCCUAGGUAUUGGCCUCUCUCUACGAUUUAGUGGAUUCAGAAAGACCCAUAUGAUCACGAAUACGUGGAGAGGGUAUCGAGUAUAAUGUUCUUCCUUGAUCUUCCUUCCCAAAUAAUUAACGAUGAAUUUAAUUGGGAAUUAAACAUCACGGGACUUUCUUCAUUUAUGAAGAAGGAUAUGGCAUACAUAUCCCACAUGUCGUCAUAUAGCAAACAUAUAUGUACGAUUAAACAUAUUCUAGUCAGCUUCCUAGCAGCACUUAAAUUUAUGCGUAUGUUAACAGCUUUAACCCUUUACUGGUAUGUUAAUAAUAAAUUCCCUCCAUUUUAUACAAAAUGACAAGGGGGUAAAUGUUGUUUUCCGUUUCCCACAAAAUCUCUGAAAACGCUCGGAUCUUGAAAAAUGGCGAUGAAUUAUUAGAAUAUAAAUGGCAAAGAUGAAAUUUUCUACGCUCAAAUAAUUGCAUAAUUCGUAAUUGAUAAAAAAACAAUAAGAAAAUUAAAAUGAUACCAGCGGAGGGUUAAAGAGACUCGGUGGCUUGUAAUUAGUCUGCGAUUCACAGUGCAUUUGUCGAUAGAUCUCAAAGUUCUUCCGUUAAAUCUCAGUGCAUAACGACGAUUAAUUAGUCAAUGUUGAUUAGUUUAAAAAAAACGACUGAUUAACUCUGUGUAUUCCUCGAGUCAUAUCACCUCCUGAAUUCUCUCAUAUCUAUCAUUAACCUCCCUCUCCUUCCUCUCAUCAACGGCUGCAUAAAAAAGAAACUGAUGCACAAAAAGAAAUAUAAUACACAUUUAUUUUUCAAUUAGCGAAAAAAAAUGUCUGACGGACACCGAGUUACGUUUCAUAAAAAAAUGAUGAGAAAAACAAAAUGAACAUAAAAAGAAUGAAGUAUUUAUUCAAUUGACCAGCGCGUCGUAAACAUUUGUAAAUUUUACUUUGUAAGAUUUUGUACAUAUAUUAUAGUUACGCGAAUAGUACAAGAACUACGAACGAAUACCCGGUGUAUUUAGUAACUUGUAAAUGUUUAUUCACCGAUAAAGUUUAAUAAAUUGUUCGUCAAUUCGAAUGAUAUUCAUUGAAACUAUUUAUUAUCAUUUUAAUGAUAAAUUUGAUUGGUCAAUCUCACUCAAGGGUAUUUCUAAUCACCUUAAAAAAAAUCAAAUCGGUGUAGACAUUUAUCGACAGAGCCACAAAAAUAUCCAUAAUGAAAUAUAAAACAUUCGACGCGCAAUGAAAAUUAUGAAAAAUCAUUUAAAAAGGAUGACAAAAUCAUGAGAAUGUGGAAUAUCAUUGAAGGAAAAAAAGAAUUUGCGCGUCAAAUUGCCGCUUCCUCGCUCCCGGAACUCUGUAUUAAAUGUUCCAAACGAUCUCGACUGAGAACAUAAACAAUAUUUAUUUGAAAAAAAAAUCCUCGUAUAAAAGAGCUUGGCUAUGUUAUAAAUGUUCUAAAAAUAAUGAAAAAAAACCUACAGGAAUAAGGAAAAAUUGUAUAUCGCAUUUAAAGGCUGCCGGUGGCAAGAAAAAAGGUAGCCACUAUAUCACACAUUAUUGAUAAGUCAAUGUGAGUCACGAUUAAUAGGAUUAUUAUCGAUUCCAUCUCUACUUAUUACUGGACAAUUUAUCGCAGAAUAACUCAUUAUUUCCGCAUCAUAUUAAACGAAAUAAAAUAAUUACAGAUGAAGUAAAAAAACAAAGUGUGUUGAAUUGUACCAUGACAAAUCUGUAAAAAGUAGAGGUGGCAUCGAAUUAUCAAAUCCAAUCAAAUGCAGAGUGCGCGAGAGAUUCCCUAGGCUUCGAUGGUCUAUAUUUCUAAGUACUCAUUAUUGCGGAAUAAGAUUAAAUGUGUAGUUUGCGCCGUGUAGACUAUUCAUAGAGGAAUGAGGAUUGUUGAAAAAUGUACGUAAUAGCGCAUUUGAAUAUCUGGCAUACAAGUAUCAUCAUCAGUUUUUCUAUGAAUUCAGAGUAGAGAGGCAAUCCACUCCUUCUGCCAACACAUUCUAGUCCAUAAUUUAACGUUAGAUUUAAUGAAUAAACAGAAAAACAAUUAUGAGAUAUGCGUUUAGUUGAGAAUAAAAAAGAUAAUGGGACGAUCGAAAGCAAUUUCAAUAUUUGUUGAUUUUUUUUCCAUGCAAACAAUAGCUUGAGCAUCUGUGUAGGUAAUUUCUUAGGGAAAAUAUCUACGCCAUCCCCAUUCUACAUAUAACUAAUGCUUAGGGAUAUUCAUAAUUGUCCUACCUCGUUGUAGUAUAAAUCAUUCUCAUGCUCAUUCGAAAAUAAACGUUUCGUUACAAGUGUGGAGAUGAAUAGCAACCUUCCUCAUGAAAUGAACAUAUUCAAUGCACUAAUCGUUAAUCCAAUAUAGAAUGACAAUUUAUCAUUGAUUGGUAAAUUUUAUUGACCACAAUUGCCUCCGUAUUUUCUAUCCCAUUUCCUCUGAACAUUCCUGGGAAUGAGCGCGUCCCUAUGGUAUUUUCAGUAAUCGAUUUGAUGAUAAUUAUCGAUGACACGUAUUGGGAGAAUGAAGUAGCUUGGCAUCAAGAUGUGUGAGGAUAUUCAUCACGAGUGUUUCUCAUUUACAUCAGUGAAACUACAUUUUUUCGUUUUUGUGACCAGAAGGUGUGGGAAUAAAGUAUUAUUUGGUGAGCAAGUGGUAGAAUUACAAUUCAAUGUUUUUUGUCCUUUUGUGAGAAUUGAGACGCACAUCUGAGAGGGGAAAAACUUACGUGGCUGUGUGGAUAAUUUGAAUUUUAAUAUUUCGUUGAUAUUUAAAUUAUUUUUAUAAAGAGUGAUUUUUCCCACAUUUUUAUGCAGAAAAUUUCAUCGGCUAAAUAAUUCGGAAGCCUAUCACUUCUCCACGCAAUUAUUGUAUUAAAAAGGACAUUGAGUCAAUCCUAUCCGUGUGUUUGAGUAGAUUGAGUGCCGCUUAAAUUAAUGAUUGACCAGAGGCAUGGAAGAAAAAUAAUUCUCACGCCGGACUUAACAAACUUGAGGAUAACCAGUAAACAGUAAUCAAUCAUUCCCCAAAAGUAUCGGAAACUCAUGUUUUCAUGAAUAAAAUUGUAUAAAUAUCAAUCAAGAAGCGCAAAGUACUGACUACAUGUUGAAUCGUCGCGGUGACAAUUACAAUUUUCUUUUUUUUUUUUUUGAAGGAAGAAACAAUAAUAUAAUGACGAUGCGUUAACCGUCGCUGCUCCAUUUAUUAUGCUCUGUAAACGCUGCUAAAUAAUAAGAUAAACGACUGUCGCCUAUUGAAUGUACAAUAUGUAGUAUUUACCUGUUGUUACCACCAAACCGUCAGCAAAGAAUAAAAAACAAAAUAUUGUAAUUGUA